AUGAUUUAAGAUUAAUAUUUGUAAUUAUUGAAGGACAAUUCCCUGUCCAAUUAAAUAAUUGAUGCAUACUUAAUCCAAAAACACAAUCUAAUAUCAUAUUUUGCAAACAUAAUCGUUUAUGGACCAAUAGCCUUACUUAAUGCCGAAUAAAUCUGCUCCACUAAGUUAUCUUAGCAAUAUGUCACAGUCCUCAGAAAGAAUUACGAAACUUUAUUAUGUUUAAAUGAGUAACACGAUGACAAGAAAUUAAUCUCUUAAACUCAAGAUUCCUUCAAAACUUACUUUUAAGAACAAAUACUUGACUACUAAUAUUUAAACUUUUUGAGUGAUUUGAAAGAUAAUCCAUAUAUUAAGAAUUUAACUCAAGAUCAAUGGUUGGAUUAGAUUUAAGAGUUCAUUGAGAUAUCCACCAUUCAAGAAAUCAACCAAACAUAAAUAUUGAAGGAGUAAUUUUAAAGUGGGUAUUAAACAAAAGAGAGGAAAAGGUUUGAAUAUUUAUAUUUUUUAGUAUUUUCAAUUAUGAUGGUGAUGAAGAGAGAACUCCACAAUAAAGCGAAGAAGAUGAAUAAAAUAAGAACAAGGUAUGUAGAAUAAAACCAAUUUUAGUAUUAAAAAAGCAAGAAAGAUAAGGAUGUAUAGAACGAAGAGGGUGAUGAAGAAGGAUAUGAGGCAAGUAAUUCUGAUCAUAAAACUAAAUAAACUAAAAUGUCAAGAAGAAGGAGAAAGUAAGCAAACAAUUAAGAGUUUGAUACCGACAGAGAAAAUAAAUAAAAGGUUUGA